CGUCUCUCAAAACACUGCGCUCUUUCAUCGUUCAUCUCAGCUGCAAUCGGUCGGAUGCCCACCCGAUUAGGGAACAAGGACUGCUUUAGUCCUAGUAAUUGACACACUGUGACGAGGGUACAGCGGCAUUUUGCUCAUGCGAGACGCGACGUGAAGAUUGCCCUUGCUGGUAAGUUUUUUCAAUCUGUGGUUGUUGAAUAGAGUCCGCGAGAAUAUUAAUCACCAUGACGUUGGAUCCCGGAUUUCGUCUUUGUGUGACGAGCCACGCGCCGUCAUCAAGCUCUUCUGCGUUUGCCAUGCGGAGGUCAGCGACCACUAGUACCCGCUCUCAUUAUUGUCCGUUGAGCAGUUCUUCAUGCCCAAGCGGCUCGACGACAUCUCAACAUGUCAGCGGCUUCUUCAACAAAGCGCCAUAUUACCACGUGCAGCAAGUCCGUUUCUACGUCCCAGUCGGCCGCAAAUCCUGGUCUCUGCAGAACCACCGGAUUCGCCAACCUCGACCUUUGAUGGACCGGUUCGCCAUGCAUCGGGAGCACCGGGAAAAGGAGUGGUGGCGGGAGCGGAGGAUAGCCCCAGCCACAUUCAUGGGUUUCCCAGAUGUCACGAAAUACGACUUGCGUGGCGGUAGUCUCUACACGGAGCAGAUGGACGCAGUGACACUCGCCGUGAUUCUAGACAAAUGUGUAACUGAAAACGUCAUCGGGAUCAAACACCAGCACAUGUGGGAACAGUUCUCUUGGCGGGCACAACAACUCUCUUUGAAAACUGUCGAGCCGGACCUUUGCUACAUUUUCCGGGCCUUCGCAAGAGCGGACUUUUUCGAUACGCAAUUUUUCUGCACGUUUGUCGGGAGGAUACAAAGGAGGCUGCAGUAUUUAAACAUCAAACAGACCAACGUCGUUUUCGAAGCAUUAACUUCUUCCCCGCGGUUCCGGUACGAGAAGUUCGAGAAGAAACUCGUGUCCCACGUUGCGGAAUUGCUGCACGUGAGGGAUGAUACCCCCCCAGACGACUUGUCGAAGCUGUGCGCGUUGCUGUACCAGCUGAAUCAUUUGGAAGUGUGCGAGUUGUGUUGCGACCAGCUGUAUCAAGUGCAAAUAUGUCUGGGUCUGGAAGAAUGCAUGUUUGUCAUGCUUCUCUGGCAUGACCCUUAAAUCUGUCAUGGACGUUACCCAAGAGCCCCACUCUUCUGUCAUGCAGAGACGCAGUUUGUCAUGCAGAAUAGGCAACACCUAGAAGCUCAGAGACUUGUCAUGUUGCUCCAGCACUUGUGGCCUCCUCACGAUACGCCGCCCAGCAUCACAAGUUUCCAGACCCAGACAGAUUUGCAAUGCAUAAGCUGGCCAGCCGGGAUCUCGGGGCAGCGUUGGCCGUGGAGGAGCAGUAUGCAGUGCAAAAGUACCGGAUUCCUCGUAGUACUAAUUUAUGUUUACGGCAUUCAUGCAUCACAAAUCUAUUUCUCAAGGGUAAUCCCGCAUUACAAAUUUCACUUUUCAUACUGAUCGAAUUUGUGAUGCUAUAUCUGCUAGUCCAAAAAUCCUUUUGCACUGCAUAAGCAGGCGGUACUACUGGAGGUGGUGGUGGCGCUCGACGAGGAAAGGAGAUUCCAGUUGGGCGAGUUCGCUGCGGAUUUUUCGGAAGGAGACGGUAAAUUGUUCAUUCAGCUUGAUGUUGAUUAGCGUUGACCUGCAGCAUGACCAUUUUCAAGCUUGUUUUGGUUUCAUCGCAUUUUGCCGCCUCUCCACCCCUCCGAUGAUCUGGGUGUCGUGGCGACAUUCCGUCUGUGUCGGAUCAACAGGAAGUGAUCAGAUGUUUCAGAAAGAGCUGCGAAUUACUUCACAGCUGCAAAUUAUUUCACGUUCACACGGACACUUCGAAGCUCCGGCACUUGAAUUACUUUAUUCCAUGGGUGCCGCGAGUCAAAAGUUGUCCUACAAUAAAAAAGCUGCUGGGUGUCUCGACAUCCGCUUCGUCUCGGUGUCGUGUCAAUUUUAGUGGCACACAAUUUCCUCUACCUUGCUUGUGUGGUGUUGUAUCCUUUUGAUGUCCAUCUUCUCGACCACGCAUCUUCUAUGAUGACAACCUAAAGUUCAGUUCUGCUUCCGAUGCAGAUGACGAACCUUUAAACCAUUCAUCCUUCAUCGCCCUGAGAAGUAACGCCGCAGCCAGGUAGGACUUGCUGAAUUACAGUUCUUGCAUGACCACUGCGAAGAUCACAAAAGUUGUGAGAUCCUGAGCACCCUCCAUGAUGACAACCUAAAGUUCAGUUCUGCUUCUGACCAAAGCAGUGAUGAACCUUCUACCAAUUCAUCCUUCAUCGCCCUGACAUGUGCUUCUGGAAUCUUCUGCUCGAGGAUCCGUCUUCUGUCGACCUGAGUCAAAAAAGCAGAAGCAGCUCCUCAAUUGAGGACAACGGCCAAAUAAGAUUGCAAAUUCGAACUCCAAACUAUAACAGAUUCCGCUUGUCGGGAGCUGAUGCUGGUCCUGCUGCAAACCUUCGAAACGAAGAUGGAUUCUUUGAAGGCAGACGAAUUCCGCCCGCUGUGCCGCGCGCUGGCGCAAUUGGAGAGCAGGAGCGCAUCAACCAAUGGAGCAUCAUAUUCAAACGGUAAUAUCAAUACCUUCGACCGCUUGUUACAAAAAGCGAUUGAAACGUGCUCGGCGAAAUUGAAAGAGGCACUUCUGGAUCCGAAAGUUUUGCCGAGGAUGAGCAUGGCGGCCGCGACGGAAUGCGCGUUUUUUUUGCAAAGGAGCGCAGCAGCAGGAGCAGUCACUUGCGGCGCAGGUCCUGGCGGUGGAACAACAUCUUCGCAACUCCAAUUGACCAGCACUACUAGUACAACAACCAACUUGCCUCAUCUCGCCGUCGAGCUUAGCCACAAGCUGGUCGCGCGGACCCGGCAGUGUAAACCUAUGGAUUUGGCCAGGUUGGCACACUGCAUCUUCCGCUUUUCUGACUUUGAAAUGUACGCAAACACAUUGCUGAAACGGCUGUCACAAUUGAACGCGUCGGAGCUGGCAUUACUGCGGACCGCGUUUGCGGCGAGAGAAGGUGAUUAUUAUGCUGGUCAAAAAUUAUCGCGACCUCCUGCUCACGUCGGUGGAACAAGCGCGUCUCUUUCUGCUCCGUCCUACAGUAGCACGGCGAUCCGCUCCGAACUUCGCAAACUCUCUUCUGGGCCGGAACCAAGACGGCUGCUGAAGGCGCAGGAGUCUGGUUUGCUCAACCACGAACAGUCAUCUUCUGAUGCUGCAGACAACACCACGGGCGCGGGUAAUAUUUCUUUCGGCCCGAUCGCGGUUCCCACGUUUCUUUCCGGACCCGGCGUCGACAGUGUAGUGGAGUCGAUCGAGAAGGAGCUUUUGACAAAGGUAGACGAUUUGUCCCUCACCGACCUGGCAGUGCUUUCCUUAGCGAACAUUUUUCCAACAGAACUUUUACAACCGGAAGAACAAGCUGUUCCUGCAUCUUCCGGACGUCGAGUGGAGACCACGACCGGCGCGCUCGCUUUCGCGACGCGCGUUGUGGAUUUGGCAACGGAAAAACUAGAGCGGGAAUUGCUGGAGAUGCGAGCGGAGAGAAUGAGGAAUGUCGAGAAGAACCGCGGUGGCAGAAAACAAGCAACCACGACCACUUUAGAGGAAGAGGAAGUCACCGCGUUUGCUGCCACGAAGAUGAAUCAAGCGAGAAGUGACUCGCCGGUGGUCGCGGUUUCGCCGGGAGAUCUAGCUCCUGCUCAAGCAAGUUUACUUGUACAGCCCGACAACACGGAGAUUGCUGAAGUGAUUCUGUGCAUAUUGAAGGGGGUGAGUGCGGUGGAGCGAACUUGUGGGACCCCGGGAGAAAACCAUCACGCGGAACAAGAGUUUUUGGUACAACCUUGUUCAAGACUACACUCGCUCCUGCCCCUGAUUGCGGAAAACCUGCACAAUUUCACGUCGGCGCAGGCACUGAAGCUUCUGAACCUCCUGUCGAUGAUGUUGAGCGAUGUCGAGCAGCCUGCCGCAGGAACUACUACUGGCACAACUAGAACUACUUCUACGCGACCACCACCAGCCUCUAGUCCAAUGGAAACGUCGACUCUGCAGAAUCUCAUCCUCGCAAACCACAUCGGCAGCUUCAAAGACCUGCCUUUGCUGGAUCUGUGCGUCUUCGCCGAGUACAGCAAAGCGAAAUUAAGCGCAGCGCAACUGGAGGAACUUUCUUUCGCAAUCGAACGAAAAUGUUACGACCUCGGAAGGGUUUUUGAGGAGAAGGUGGUGAGACCUCUGCAUGAGCAGCUUGUUGGAAUGAUCAGUACAACUCAAGGCCAACAUGAAGAGGAACGGUGGCAGGAGAUCGCAGUAGAUCGAUGACAAUGUGCGGAGGAAAUUUUUAACAAAUCAAGGACGUACGAAUAGAAGCGCUAAAUUGCUGGUUUCCGAACUACUCUCUGUCCUUCAAGAACAGAUGUCACUUCUAUGCAACACUUGAAUAAAGGCACGACGCGCGCUGUUAGUAUUACGCAGCGCAUUACC